AUGGCGCUUCGAGGCGAGUCCUCCCAGUAUAGCCAGUCCUCCCAUUACAGGCGGGGUUCCAGUCCACGGAGGGCGUGGCCAGAGGAGGAGGGCAGGGCCCGAGGCGGCAGGGGCAGAGCCAGAGGCGGCAGGGGGCGUGGCCGAGGCCGAGGGGCGGAGCCAGAGGAGGGGGCGGGGCCAGAGGAGGCCGCAGGGGGCUUCAAGGAGGCAAAAGUGACGGUGGAACCGCAUCGGCACGAGGGUGUGUUCAUCUGCCGGGGCCGGGAGGACGCGCUGGUGACGCGGAAUUUGGUGCCGGGGGAGUCGGUGUAUGGGGAGAAACGGAUCAGUGUGGAGGAUGGUGACGGAUCCAUCGAGUACCGUGCAUGGAACCCGUUCCGCUCCAAGCUGGCAGCAGCGAUUUUGGGGGGCAUCGACCGCAUCCACAUCCGGCCCGGGGCGAAGGUUCUGUACCUGGGGGCGGCCUCGGGUACCACC